GUGCGCACAUAAUCAUUGGAGCAAUAAAGAGUAGCGAAAGUACUGGUGUCCCCCAAAUGAUAAUCUGUAUCAACUAAACUUAUGCAACAGCCCGGCGUCGGUCGGCGCAGUGCUCACCACGCACCCGCCUGCAGCACUCCACUCGAAACAAUUCAUCAACACACCAAUAUAAAGUGCCAUUACUAUAGUGAUCGAAUGUGAUAAUUGCCUCUAAGUUUUAGACGUGUUUUAAAAAGACAAAAUGAGCUAUAUACGAAUUCUAUCAACGGCCGUGCUUAUAGUGGGAUUAUUAGAAUCGGUUGAGGGCCAGUCACUAGCCUGUCCAGCGGUCCGCACGAGCAGCGGCUGGUUGGAUUUGUUCCCUCUGCCUUGCAAGAAGCAUGCCGAGUGCCGAAACGUUAUGGGCAAGCAGCAUCUCUGCUGCAAAGGCUUCUGCACCAAGGGCAUAACCGUGCAGCAACGAACCAACGAGCAGACCGUUAGCGUAGACGCCAGUAGCACAAGCACCAGCACAAGCACAAGCACAAGCACAAGCACCAGCACCACUACUUCAACCACCACUACCACUACAACUCCGAGUCCGACUACCAGUUCGACGACUACGACCACGACCACGACAACGACCACGCCGCGCCCGACUACGACUACGACGCAGCCUUCGCUACCCUUCCUCCAGCUGUUGCCAAUCCAGAAUCCGCUGGCAGCCACCGCCAAGAAGUCUGGCAAGACAAGCUCUGACAUAAUAGCUGACGUAACUUAUUCACAUACACGCAACUCUGCGACCGGGUACGAGUAUAAUACGGAUUACUCGAGUGCAGACGCAGGCAAGGGGCAGAAGCUGGUUUGCCCGAAGGGACAGACACCACUGCUGCUGUUCCCCAUCCCGUGCGAGAACAGCGCGCAGUGCCAGGCGAGCGUCGGGGCUGACCAAGUGUGCUGCAACAAGCUCUGCGUGAAGGGUGUGUCGCCGCCACGACCCAAGCCUUCACCGAAGAAUCAUCAACCUCUCCUAGGGGUGAUACCUCGCGAAUGCCCAGCCGCUCCUUUAGGAGAGCUGCUAUUCGAAGUGCAGUCGUGCAAGAGCGACGCGGACUGCUGGCCGCGAGUGUGCUGCCCGGACGGCACCCGCUCCUACUGCCGCACGGCGCGCGCGCGACUCGACCUUGUGCCUGGCGCCAGCCAAAUCAAUGGACCCGUAAGAAUGUUGGAGCAGUAUCUGCAAUGCACUGCGCCUCCCAAGCACGACCUGUUCCCGCAGCGCUGCAGCUCGAGCGUGGACUGCUUCCCGAACCUGUGCUGCGCAGAAGGCGGCAAGAAGCAUUGUCGCCCACCGCAGCGAAGUCUGCUCGCACUCCUAGCUGGUGUAACUCAGCGAGUUGGAUCUACUCUGGGAAGUUUACGCUUUGGAGCAGCUAAUAAUAAUAAAGUAUAAUAAGUAACUAAUUCAUGGCCGGAUUUAAGGCAGGGCAGGCGGGGCUGCGGCCCAAAGAAAAAAAAUAACACUCAAACCCAGGGCCGGACCGUGAGUUUAGGGUGGCCUGGGAUAAAAGUACUUAGGGCACCUAAUUACUCAAAGUAUAAAAAAAAUGAGACAGUAAAGUAUUUAAUUUAAAUUAUAUUAUACAAUCAUUAAUAAAUGGACAAAUUACAAAGAAACCUUUCUACAAAGUGCAAAAAUGGCAAAUUCUUUAAUUUGCUCCUCCCAUUAUAGGGGUAAUAUAAAUGGAGUUAUAUUCAACAAUGCAUUUUUAGGGCCCCUUGAAUCCACUGGGCCCUGGGCUGAAGACCAAAAAGCCAUAUAGUAAAUCCGGCCCUGCUCAAACCCGGCCCUGAACUAAUUUAACGAUGAGUUUUAAGGUGAAAUGCAAUUUUUUUUUAAUUGAAUUUAACAUCUUAGUAGAAUUUAAAGAGUAAGCUCUUUAAAUUCUACUAAGAUCCCCUACUUUGUAACGGGUGUAUGUACAUCAGACCAGUUGCGCAACCAUCUCCUACCGGCACGUUAACUUUAUUGACCGACAUUAUUGUUCUUGAGUAAAAUCUUUCCGGGUGAGGGCGGCUACGUAAAACAAAUAGGUAUACCUACCUACUCUUCCUAAAAAUAGUCUUUUCUUGGAUCUUUAAAUUCAGAGCAGUCAUCUGCUCUGAAUUUGCUAGCUGACGUCAGCUCAGCACUGCCACCAAUCUACUCUAAUGCAUUCAUUCAUUCAGUCAGUACCCAGUACAAAAUAAAUAAACAUUUUAUUGGAGCUAAGCGGUGGCGCUGCUGGGCCUGGUGCCGUGAUGGUAAGGUAAUAGGUUCCCUAUCAACAUAAUUGCCAAAAGUGAGAACGACAUUUUUCUAAUCUAGGUAAAGGAUGAGCCAUGCAUAUUUAUCCAGUGCUGUGCAUCAUACACGCAGAGUAAUCCUGCAUGUGGUCAUCUUCGACUGAUAUAAUUCGUGAUGGUGUUUUUUGGAAUAGGUAUUUUAUUUUUUAUCAAAUAAUGAAAAGUAUGUAUUACUAUGGGCUAUACCUAUGUAAAGGGCAGAUUUGCAACUCUCGGAUUUAACUUAUCUGCUAAAUAAAUUAUUGUUAUUAACCAAUGAAAAUACCUACAUUAAAGCUUAACAAUGGUUUGUUAAUACUUUCGAAGUGAGAAAUAAUAUCGCUUCAUCAUAUUAUUAUUACAACACGUACAAGAUGUCGUCAACAUGCAAAAUUAAUAUACAUAUUAAAUUAAAUAAACUCUUAGUUUAGUUCGUAAUAAAAUAUCAGACGAAUACAUUUUAUCCCAGCGUUAGAAAUCAGCCCUUAGAAUGAUAAAUUUAUAACUAGGUACGGUGCGACCAUGGAAUAAUUAUUAAUCGCAGAUUGCAAAUAUAAGGUGAUCGUAUUUAUGCCCGCACCGAAUUUAUUAGUAUUAUGCCGCCUCAUUAAUUCGUUGUAUGCAAUCAAGAAACCUUAAACCACAAAAAUAAAUUAAGAUUAAUUUCUGUGCCUCGCACCCUUCCAUCAGCACCGUACGAGCCACAUUUCGUAGUCUUUAGGGAAAUGCGGCGCGUACGCUGCGGCCAUUAUUGCGACCACCUUUUUCAACCAGUUCCACCACGAGUCCAACGAUGUGAGGUCAUGUUGUUAUCUAUAUGAGAUUUAAUUUUUCUUUUACUUUGAAGGGGAAUCCAGAGAAACCGAUAGAGAUAAUGUCACACGGUUAGACAAGAAGAUUUCGUCAGAUAUUCUGAGGUGUAUUAUAUACUUUUUAUUAGUGACUACAUGAAUUGUUGAUUUUGAAUGUUUUAUACUUUUGUACAGUAAACUAUUGACUUACAAAACUUUGUUGCAUUUUAUUUUUGUCGUCUUCUACACCUUAUUCUGUCAACUAGUUACUUCUCUUUCUCAUGUCCAAUAUUGGUGGUAAGUAUAUAACUUAGUCAAUUUCGAAAAAAGCAAUUCUGUUAAAUUGUUUUGAAAAUUUAUCUGGUUGUUAUUUACAGUAAAGCUCCUUAUUCGCGGGGGAUAUGUUUCAGAAAUAUGCCGCGAAUACAGAAUGGUAAUUUAUGGGAUACGGCUAAAAAACUAUUUUUAAUAAUUAAUCAAUUUAAGUUUUUAACAAUAUUGAUUAAUUAUUAUAAUAAAUAAAUAUUUCCAACACACACCAAUUAGCCUAGCCCCAA